GAGACGAGACCGCAGUGAUAACAGUCGUGAAAAGCACACGUCCAGAAGAACACCUGUUCCAGUCAUCUUGGGAGAGAGGACAAGAACACGAGAACACGAGAACAUCCAUGAAGCACCCAGACAGAUUUUGAUUAUCGAAGUCUUCUCAAAAGGUGGCGUGAGACAAGCGCGAUGAGUGAUCAGUUAGAGAAUAUUAUGGUCCAGUUGGGCACAGGCAGGUGGAACAUUCUGCACUUUAUCACCGUGGGAUUUGGAGCGGCAAUCCCAACCCCUCACGGCUUGGCAAGUGCUUUCUUCUCUCCCAAGAUCGACUACGCCUGCAGACGUCGCCCUCGUGCAGUUACUUUACGGAAGACCCUGUGACCGGAGGCUUCGAGGAGAAAGAAUGCACCGAGUGGGACUUCGACAACUCCACCUUCAGUUCCACCGUGACGUCAGAGUAUCAUCUCGUUUGUGGGCGUGAGUACUUGCGAGCUAUAUACCAAAGCAUGUAUAUGUUCGGUGUCUUCAUGGGGUCGCCCAUCAAUGGGUUCCUAGCAGACAGGUAUGGGAGGAAGCCGCUGGUCGUGUGUGGGUCGCUGAUGUUCACCACCAUCGCCAUUUGCUCUGUGUGGCUGACGAACUUCUCUUCUCUGCUCGCUGCUCGCUUCCUCGUAGGCCUUGGGCACUCAACACUUCUCAAGACAGCCUAUAUUCUUGCACUCGAGGUGUCGGCCCCUCGGGUCAGGUCAGCGGUGGGCGUGGCCAUCCUCAUGCCCUGGUCGGUGAACACGGUCAUCUUCAGCGGGGUCGCCUACCUCAUCAGGGACUGGAGGAUGCUGCAGCUGGUCAUGUCCCUGCUGGGACUGCUACACAUCCCUGGCCUGUGGCUCAUGGACGAGUCGCCGCGCUGGCUGGCCGUGAGAGGGCAGCACCAGCGCGCCCUCAGCAUCCUGAAGAGGGCCGCGAGGUGGAACAAGGUCACCCUUCCUCCUGACGACGAGCUCAUUGCCAUUCUGAAAUCCGGAAGGGAUGAGGUGGCUUCAAGCAGAACGUCGCUACACAAGGCCAUGACGACUAGAAUCAAGGAGGCUUUGGCGAAUCUUGCUAUACUGUUCAGAACACCGAGACUAUGCAAAAUCACCCUCAUCUGCUACCUGGACUACCUGGUGGUGGCCAUGGUCUACUUCGGCCUCUCCCUCAGCGGCGCCAGUCUCAGCGGAAACGUGUUUGUGUACAUGACACUGAUGGGGCUGGUGGAGAUGCCUCCCUGCGUGAUCGUGACGUACCAGGUGGCGAGGCUCGGGCGGAGGGUGACGACGGCGAUGAACUUCACGAUUAGCGGCGCGGUCGUUCUCGCCCUCCUCUUCAUUCCCGAAGACCUGAAGUGGCUGACGGUGACCCUCGCGAUGCUGGGGAAGAUGAGCAUCUCUGGAGCCUUCAACGCGCUCAACCUCUUCGCCUCCGAGCUCUUCCCGACGGAGGUGAGGACCCGGGGCAUCAACACCUCCUUCAUGAUGUCUCGUAUGGGCGCCAUGGCCUCACCCUUCAUCACCGAUUUGCUGGGCUCAGUAUACCCGUGGUCUCCGCCAGUGGUGUUUGGGGUAGCAGCUCUUCUGGCAGGGUUGGGUGCGAUUACUCUGCCGGAAACACUGGGGCUGGCCCUGUCGGACACCGUGGCGCACCUCGAGUCCAAGGAGAUCGCCACGAAAACUAGAGGCUUCCUUCGUCUGCCCACCAAGGACCCCGAGGCACCGAAGGGCAAGAAAGUGUCCAUCGGCGACUCCGAGGGACACAGCCUUAGUAUUUUACGACGAGAAAAGGAUGUGCAGUAAUUAAAGGACAAUUUCACUU